AGAUAUUGACUAGGGCUGUUACAUCGCCAUUUUAUCGUCAUCAACAAUCGAACGCACGAUUCAUGCCAGAAUUGAGGGAUUGAGAUAAGAGUACAAGUAAUAAAAUCCUUUUAUCUUAUCUUGAUCCUUCAAUCAUCUGGUUUAAUCGAAGAAAUGCCGACUUUAACGAAGCUAUACUCGAUGCAAGAAGCUUCAGAGCACAAUUCCGCCGGUGAUUGCUGGAUUGUUGUUGACGGCAAGGUCUAUGAUGUGUCAUCAUAUCUAGAAGAACAUCCAGGUGGUGAUGAUGUCAUCCUUCAGGUUACAGGGAAAGAUGCGACGGAUGAGUUUGAAGACGCGGGCCACAGCAAGAGUGCCAGGGAACUUAUGGAGACUUUCUGUGUUGGUGAGCUGGACCCGUCGGACAUCCCUCAACUUGAAGUUGUAUCGGAGAAACAAAAAGGUUACAUCCCUGAGAAGCUGGUUGACCUAAGCAAGCAAUACUGGGCGGCUCCAGUGGCAGUUGUCGGCAUAUCGGUUGUUGUCACCUUCUUGUACUUACGCAACAAGUAGAGCAUGAAAUUUUGAGUAUUCGGAUCAUAGAACUGGCUUAAAAUGUCAUUGAAUUUUUAAACCUAUGAUUUGGGUAAAGAUAUUAGAUAUAUGAUGCCCAUUUAAAGAUUUUGAAUAGGUCUCAUUGUUGGCUGUUGAUUGUUUUGGUUCAAACAAGAAGUAUAAACAUUUGAUU